CAUAAUUCUAAAAUCCAAUAUUAAUAAAUAAAAACAAAAGUCCCCCAAAAUCUUUUACAAACAACAGAGCCAUACACAGAGCGCCUUUUUCAUUCAGUUUUUCACCAAAUGGCAGCCAUCACCGAUUCUACCUCCGACGGCGCCUCCGUCCGACGGCGACGGCGGAGGCCACCGCCCAAAACCCUCCACUGGCUCGCGGACGUGAUUGCUCGUCCCGCUCGGGCUUUAGCAGGUUCAAUUCUUACCGCCGUCUUCUCUGAGAGCGAGGAGUCAUCGUCUGAUUGGGACGACGAAUCAGAUUCAGAUGAUGGUGAUCCAGACAAUUUGCCUCUUCCGGAAAUUUCGCAGCAUAGGCAAGAAUCUCAAGUCAUUGUUCACAAAACCGAAAACAAGCAGUUAAUAGAGAAGCUCAUAAUGCAGGAGUCUUUUUCGAGGGAAGAGUACACUGGGCUGAUAGAAGUUCUUAAUUCGCGGGUUACCCCUUCCGUAGCUGACAAUGGCGCCAACAUAUUCAAUCAAGCUGCUCAGGAUGCAAGAAAAUGGUUCCAAGAGAAGAAAAAGAGGUCCAUUCCAGUGACUAACUCGGAACUUACUGGAGCUGAUAAAGUAGAACCUGCCAUUGUAGAUACACACUCGACUGAGAUAAGUGGGACCCGGUUAACUGAGUUAGCUAAAUCCAGAAAAAUAAUGUCCAAUUCAUCUCCAGGAAAAUCUACGGUUGUAAGUAACUCGAUUGCCAAUCGAGAGCUUUUACGUGAAACUCGUAAGGAAAUACCUUUCGUGAUUGAAAUCGAUAGUGAUACAAGUGGUUCUCAUAAAGGUUAAGACAAGCAAAUAUGCAGAGAAUCAAAAGUAGAGUUAAAUGAGUUGGUACAUAUUUUUUGAAAUUAUUUGUGGAUAAUCAGGUGGAAACAAUCUUUAGGGUCAAGUAUUUUUAGAGAUACCUGCAUUUUUGUUGGUUUUGGAUAAUUUAAUUUUGGUUUUGAUUGUGGUUGUUUUAUUUAGUUAUUGACUGUUUUUAGCGAAGGCUGCUUUUCUAUUUUGAAUGAUAUGAUAAUUCAUUUU